AUGGCGCUGCUGCUGCCGCUGCUGCUGCCCGCCCCCUCGUGGCUGCGCGCCGCCCGGCCCUUCGCCCGCCUCGCCUCCUGCGCCAUGGCCGCCGCCUCCACCGACCCCGCGCCCGGCCCGACGCCCCCCGCCCCCGCGCCCCUCGCCGCCGCCUUCGUCAGCUGCCCCUCCCGCCAGGUGGCCACGGAGCUCGCCAGGGCGCUGGUGGAGAAGCGGCUGGCCGCCUGCGUCAACAUCGUGCCCCAGAUCACCUCCAUCUACGCCUGGAAGGGCCAGAUCGAGGAGGACAGCGAGGUCCUGCUGAUGAUCAAAACCCGCAGCUCCCGCAUCCCAGCCCUGGCGGAGUUUGUCCGGUCGGUGCACCCCUACGAAGUGGCUGAGGUGAUUGCGGUCCCCAUCGAGCAAGGCAACCCGCCCUACCUGCAGUGGGUCAAGGACACCGUGCCGGAGUAGGGCCCACAAAGAGGCCUUGGCCGAGAAGCCGGGAGGGGGCCUUCCAAGGGAGACAAUAAAAUCCGUUUCACCCCCAAA